GUUGCAAGAGGAGGAGGGAAUGAGAGCAAGACAGUGAGCUUUACAGAGAGGGAGUGAGAGGGAGGACGAGGACAGGCAGGGAACCAGAACCGGCAUUAAAGAGACAGAGAGCUCCAAAAACUCAAGAAGAUAACAGGAGAUAAGCGUGGGAGCCUCAGCCUCCUCCGAAAAGCAGGAGCAGGGUUAUAAACAGACAGAGGAGGGGAGUUUGUCUGCAGUGCUACGACCUGUGGAUCUGCCUAUCUGUGUGUGUGUGUGUGUGGUACAGAUCAGUGUGCUUCCACAGUUCUCCUGAGGCCGUGGCAGCCAUGGCGUCAGAGCCUAGCACCCAGUCCAGGGUGAUGUUCCAGGCAGCGGACAAAGCAGAGGAGCCGCCACACCGCAAGCUGGGAAAGCUGACCGUGAAAUACAACCGCAAGGACCUGCAGAGGAGGCUGGACAUCGAGGAAUGGAUCGACGGGCAGCUGCAUCUGCUGUUCGACUGUGAGGAGGAGGAGAUUCCAGAGUUAGAAAUUGACAUAGAUGAGCUGCUGGAACUGUCUGACGAAGGGCAAAGGUCUCGGCUGGAGGAGUUGCUGCAGGAAUGUGGAAAGCCAAAAGAGGAAUUUAUCAACGGGCUGCUCUACAGGAUAAAAGGUCUACGAAAAAUGUCAGGUCCCUUGAAGAAAUAAUUAUAGGUCAAAUACAAAAAAACAAGACAACACGGAGCCUCCGAACCUGCGUUAACCGUAUGGAUGUGUGGAUGAACCAUCAGUGGGAUAGUUUUUGUUUUUCCUCUUCUUGGAUCAGAAUGGGCUGUUUUCUCUUUAUUUUAUGAACUCUUCAAAGGAAAAGUUAACUCCCAUCAUCAUAUCAAUAACAUGAUAAAGGAAACGUCAUACUAUUACUCAGAUGGACUCUUUUAUUUUGUGUAAGAGUGUACAUUUUCAGUUUCUUAUUUAUGUACAUACGCAUUUUGGUCAGGUAACGGUGGAAUAAAAUCAAACAUUUUCCAAAAAAAAA